AUGCUCGAAACCAAAGUCGGCACAGGUGCAGCCAUCUUCCCCAAUCUCACCUCCGCAUCAAAAGAAUUCCCAGCCGUCACCCGACUCCACCUCACAUAUGCACGCAAGAUCGACCAGGGCCACGGAGGCGCGCGGCAUUUCUGGCGUAACUGUCUUCCGCGACUGAAAUAUCACAACCCAGGCGUGCCGAUGACUGUGGCACAAACCUCCAACCAGCAAGGUCCCGCAGCAUUGACAAUUUACUUCGCCGAACGGGUCGGCAGCGCCGCAGCGGCUCUCGCAAACGAAAGAAAGGUCGUCGAUGAGCUUGCCCCGGCCCCCGAGGCCAACGAGCAAUCGGCUGUUUUGGAUAUCAAGAACCGCACGUACCAACAAAUCUGGGAUCGUGUCCAGGCCAUGACGGGCGCGAAGGUAGUCCCCGCCACCAGCGAAGACAUCGCGCUGGCACAGAAGUUGGCGGAGAUCAAGAAGAAAUCUGGCCCGGAUCGCGAACGUGUCCAGGCUAUCCGGCAGGCGAAGAAAGAUCAGGAGCGCAUGCUCGCUGAGGCUAGAGGCCAGGUGGAUAAGCAAGUGUAA